AUGUCUUAGCUGUAUGUCGCUCAGUCAGUCAGUUAGUGGCCCCGGUCCGCUGCGCCUGCGUCCGCCUCCACAGCUCUCCAAAGCCGAGACGCGCCACCGCCGCCUUCAAUGCGGGCAUGACUUACUGGCAGCAGUAGUGGGCUUCCGUCAGCCUGCUUUUAAGCAGAUUACAAAAGGAGAGGAAGCGAUAUAAGAGUAGAAGAGAGUGAAGUGACUCAUUUCUACCCCUGCCGUGCGUCGAGAAGAGUAGAUGAGUCAAUGGCAGGGGCACAGCCUGGAGUUCAUGCGCUGCAGCUCAAGCCAGUGUCCGUGCCCGAGAGCCUAAGAAAGGGCAACAAAUUUAUGAAAUGGGAUGAUGAUUCUACCACUGUGACCCCGGUGACUCUAACAGUCGACCCCAAAGGUUACUUUCUGUAUUGGACCGACCAGAACAAGGAUACGGAACUACUGGAUAUAGCGUACAUAAAAGAUGCCAGAAAUGGAAAGUGCACCAAAACGCCAAAGGAAGCCAAGCUGCGUGAACUACUGGAUGUCAGCACCCUGGCAGGGAAGAUGGAGAACAGGAUGCUGACGGUGGUGAGCGGCCCUGACAUGGUCAACAUCACCUAUCUGAACUUCAUGGCCUUCCAGGAAGAGACGGCUAAGGAAUGGGCCGAAGAGCUGUUCAACCUGGCAUCUAACCUCUUGCUACAGAACAUGUCAAGAGAGGCCUGCCUUGAGAAAGUAUACACUCGGCUGAAGCUGCAGCUCAACCCUGAGGGGCGAAUCCCCGUCAAGAAUAUCUUCAGGAUGUUCUCAGCAGACAGGAAGCGAGUAGAGACAGCCCUGGAAAACUGUAACCUCCCUUCUGGCAGAAAUGACUCCAUCCCCCAGGAAGAUUUCACUCCAGAUGUCUAUAACAUGUUCCUGAGCAACAUCUGCCCCAGAUCUGAGCUGGACCACAUCUUCUCUGACGUGGGGGCUAAGAGUCGUCCAUACCUCACUGUGGAGCAGAUGACAGAGUUUAUUAACAGUAAACAGCGAGACCCUCGUCUGAACGAGAUACUCUACCCUCCUCUCAAACCAGAACAGGUCCAGGUGCUGGUGGACAAAUAUGAACCCAAUGCUUCGCUGGCACAGAAAGGUCAGAUCUCAGUGGAAGGCUUUGCCAGGUAUCUGAAUGGGGAGGAGAACACCAUCAUCCCCCCCGAGAAGCUGGACCAGAGCGAAGACAUGACUCUUCCCCUCUCCCACUAUUUCAUCAACUCCUCACACAACACAUACCUCACAGCUGGCCAGCUCGCAGGGAACUCUUCAGUCGAGAUGUACAAGCAGGUUCUCCUGUCAGGGUGCCGCUGCAUUGAACUGGACUGCUGGAAGGGGCGCACCACAGAAGAAGAGCCUGUCAUCACUCACGGCUUCACCAUGACAACUGAAAUCUCCUUCAAGGAGGUGAUCGAGGCUAUAGCAGAGUGUGCCUUCAAGACCUCGCCCUUCCCCAUCAUCCUGUCUUUUGAGAACCACGUGGACUCACCAAAGCAGCAGGCUAAGAUGGCAGAGUACUGCCGGUCAAUAUUUGGAGAUGCAUUACUGACAGAACCUCUGGAGAAAUAUCCGCUGGAGUCUAGUGUGCCCCUACCCAGCCCGAUGGAGCUGAUGGGGAAGAUCUUGGUGAAGAACAAGAAGAAACACCACAAGACAGACGGAAGCACCAAGAAGAAACUGUCGGAGCAGGUUUCCAACACCUACAGCGAUUCUUCCAGUGUGUGUGAGCCCUCCUCCCCUAGCGCAGGUUCAACCAAAGAGGAGAUGGCAGAUUCCUCGCAGCCUUCUGAGGGUGCCGAGCUCAGCCUGAGGCCGCAGGGCAGAAAAUCUAUUGGUGAGGUGGAGGCAGAAAGUGAGGAUGAAGAUGAUGAUGAUGACGACUGUAAAAAGGGCUCAAUGGAUGAGGGUACAGCAGGCAGUGAGGCAUUUGCUACAGAAGAAAUGUCCAACCUGGUCACCUACAUCCAGCCAGUCAAGUUUAACAGCUUCGAGGCUUCCAAAAAGAUCAAUCGCAGCUUCCAGAUGUCAUCCUUCGUAGAGACCAAAGCUUUGGAGCAACUCACCAAAUCUCCUGUAGAGUUUGUGGAAUACAACAAACUGCAGCUGAGCAGGAUCUACCCUAAAGGCACCCGAGUGGAUUCAUCCAACUACAACCCUCAGCUCUUCUGGAACGCCGGCUGUCAGCUGGUGGCUCUCAAUUUCCAAACCAUUGAUUUGUCCAUGCAGUUGAACCUGGGCAUGUAUGAGUACAAUGGGAAAUGUGGCUACAGACUCAAACCAGAGUUUAUGAGGCGGCCGGACAAACACUUUGACCCUUUCACUGAGAGCACAGUGGAUGGGAUAGUAGCCAACACACUGUCUGUAAAGAUCAUCUCAGGCCAGUUCCUGUCAGAUAAGAAAGUAGGCACAUACGUGGAGAUCGACAUGUUUGGCUUACCAGUGGACACCAAGAGGAAAGCCUUCAAGACCAAGACAUCUCAGGGCAACGCCAUCAACCCUGUCUGGGAAGAGGAGGCCAUUGUCUUCAAGAAGGUUGUUCUGCCCACACUUGCUUCAUUAAGGAUAGCUGUGUUUGAAGAAGGAGGGAAGUUCAUCGGCCACCGUAUCAUUCCUGUGUCAGCCAUCCGUCCAGGCUAUCACUACAUCAGUCUAAGGAACGAGAAGAACCAGUCCCUGACUUUGCCUGCUCUGUUCGUGUAUGUAGAAGUAAAGGACUAUGUCCCAGACACAUUUGCAGAUGUAAUUGAAGCCUUGUCCAAUCCCAUCCGCUAUGUCAACCUGAUGGAGCAGAGAGCCAAUCAGCUGGCUGCUCUCACUUUGGAGGAGGGAGGAGAGGAAGAGGGUGACAAAGAGGUGGAGGCAGGAAGUGAUGCCCCCUCAGAAUCUAAGGUGGACCAGAGGGUAACAUUGCCCGCAGAGAACGGACUGAGCCACACACCCAUUAUCGCCCCGAAACCCCCUUCGCUGGCCGGCCACCAGCCCCAGUCUGCAGGCUCAUUGAAACCAUCAGUGAAGACUGAAGACAUCAUUCACAGUGUCCUCACUGAAUUAGAAGCUCAGACAGUGGAGGAGUUGAAGCAACAGAAGGGCUUUGUUCGAGAGCAGAGGAAGCAGUACAAGGAGAUGAAAGAGCUGGUUCGGAAACACCAUCGCAAGACCAGUGAGCUGAUCAAGGAGCACACCGCUCGUGUGUCCGAGCUACAGAGCCAGCAUCAGCGCCGGCGCUCUGCCCUGCAGAAAAGCCACAAACGAGACGGUAAGAAAAGUCGGUCCGACCACUCUCUGUCGACCCUGGACCAGGAGCUGUGUGAGCUGGAUCAGGAGUGCAGCCAGAGGCUUGCAGAGCUGAAGGAGCAGCAGCAGCAACAGCUCCUCACACUUCGCCAGGAGCAGUACUACAGCGAAAAGUACCAGAAACGAGAACACAUCAAGCAGCUGGUUGAGAAGCUCACCACUAUAACAGAGGAGUGCCAGAGUGCUCAGCUCAAAAAGAUGAGAGAUGUCUGUGAGAAAGAAAAGAAGGAUCUUAAGAAGAAAAUGGACAAGAAAAGGCAAGAGAAGAUCAAUGAAGCCAAAUCUAAAGACAAGAAUGUGACGGAAGAAGAGAAGCUAGAGAUCAAUAGAUCGUUUGUCAACGAGGUGGUGCAAUAUAUCAAACGGUUGGAAGACGCACAGAGUAAAAGACAGGAGAGACUACUGGAGAAGCACAAGGAUAUCCGCCAGCAAAUCCUGGAUGAAAGGCCAAAGGAUGAUUGUGCAGCUGAAGAGCAUGCUACAGAGUGAUCUGGACCAGGAGUACCAAGACAAAUUUCGCCGGCUACCCGUGGAGAUCCAAGAGUUUGUUCAGGACAGCAGCAAGGCCAAGGUUAGCGACGACGGUGUCUAUGGAAACCUUGUUGCCUCCUCAACAACAGAGAAGCUCAACCACAAGGCGUCGCAGUCAGAGGACGACACAGAGGAGUGCUCGUCAGAACGAGUCUACGACACGCCCCUUUAGAGAUUUAACCUUGGCGCUUUGCUUCACACUGGGACACUGAUUGGUGGAUGUGUUUGUGACCACAGAUCUAGGACAAGACUGCCCCAACAUUGGUCCUAAUUUUAACCAAUGGAAGGAUUAGAUCAAAUCUGAGCCUGAAUUGGUGAGUAGAGUCCUCUCUGCGUAGAGUGCAGUCUUGUCUGGAAAACCGUUUCAUAUAAAUAGUAACUUUUUGUGUAUUUAUAUGUUACCUUUAUGUUGUCGUCUCUUUCGGUACGGCCACAGUAUGUGUUACAAAGCACUAACUAUUUGCAGGAAAUAACUUACUUGAACUAUUGCACAGAGAGAGUAGUUUCUUUUAUUAUUUUUUAUUAUCAUGAUAUUGACAGUAGUGGUGGUCAGUGAGGUGUGUGGUGCCAAGGUUUUGAAUUCACUUACAGUGGAUAUUGUCAUUUAAGUGGAGUCAACUUGUACUGUAAAGAAACCACUGCAUAUUCAGCCUUUAGAGCUUCCAUCUUUAUACGAUUUAGAUUCACCCUUACAUAUUUGCACUGAAGGCUCACAACGUAACUAUGUAACUCUUUUACUUUAACCCAGAGGCACUGGUGGCUUGCUGGUUCUCGAUUUUGUUCUCACAGAACUAAGCCUAUGUGUUGCUGCUACUUUGUUUUAAAACCCAUAAUUUUUUAACCAUUAUUUGGUUUGUAUGAUAUUUGGCAUGGUAAUAUAAUGCAGUGCUCUGUCAUUCUUUUUUUUGUUUGGCUAUUUUUUUUUAACAAGUUUGCAUUGUUUGUGGGCAAUUCUGCCAAGAGAGGAAGUAAAGGGAAAGUGUGUUGUACAGUAUCUGCAUGUAUUUGAACAACUGUAAAUGUUACAGUAGCUCUGUAACAGAGAUGUUUAUUAAAUGUAAAUCUAUUUUCUCGGAAACAUUUAAACUAAACCUGUGGACCCAGUGUGGCUUCAUACAUCACUGUGGCGUAAGCUGAACUGGACUAAAAUAAGUAACAACAUACCCAACAGUAGCUGGCUCAAAUUAACAGGUUACACAUUGUAUUCUUUACCUUUGUCCCCUUGAACAAAAACAGUCAAACCAGGCUAUUCAAACAGAAGAAGAGGAUCCUGCUGUAGUUUUAUAGAAGUGGCCUUCCUCUUAACUAGUUCAUUGCGUACCUACAGGGGAAUGUGCGUGCAGUUCCCAAGCACACAGAGCAGAUGUCCAGGUCCACAGAAAAUUCGUCGCCAAAUGUGUGGCGUUAUUCUCAAUAUUCACCAAAAACUGGUAGCUGAAGUGGGGAAAUAGUUCAGUUAUGUUUAAACAGACCCCAAACGCUCAGUUUAUAUCUGUAAAACACCAGCGUCAACAUGAUGUAAUGAAUAACUGGGCUAUUUCCUCUUCAACUAAAGCACUGUUCCCAUUUAGUAACCAUAAGGAAGUAUUUUUGACUUCCUAACUGUCCAGUGCCAUUUAACUCAAUGGUCAUUUGAUAUCAAAUCAUAUUUCAGCUGGGGGGAAAAAAAGUUGAAAGUGAAGGAUUACCUGACAUGUAAGUACAAACUACUUUAAAAAAGAUGAUAUUGAUGUGAGAGUCCUGUGCCUUUGAAUAGGUUUGCCUUGUUUGAUGUUGAAUGUGUGAAAUGCAUCAUUGUUUGAAUUGCCAUUAUAUUAUAUUAUAUGAAGCUGUCUGAUAUUGAAUAGACCGUGUGCACUUUUAAGUACAGUACCACUACUGAGUAAUGCUUGUGAUGAGCAGUGUUUGACAUGUGUCUCAUAAGAAAUGCGAGACAUCUUUCUUUUUUGUCUUGAACCACUUUAUUUAACAGCCCCCCCACUCAUCAACUUAAGUGUAUGCACUCUGGAAAUGUAAAUGUAUGUAUGACAUAAAGGAUAAAAAUGAAGCUGAUAAAAAAUAUAGUGUAAAGGGAAUUUGCCUGUAAUUAAAAUAAAUGUGGCUAUUAUUGUA